AUGUCUCUUCGACUUUCCAGUGGUUCCAGGAGAGCCUGUCCACGCACCACGGCAGGAUCUCUGAGGCUCUCUGCAGGGGGAGCCAGCUUUGGAGCUGGAAAUGCAUGCGGUGUGCCAGGAAUUGGAAGUAGCUUCUCCUGUGCUUUUGGAAGCAGCUCAAUGGGGGCAAAUGCUGGGGGAAGCAAUUCCUGUGCCAGCUUUACUGUAAAUGAGGGGGGUCUCCUCUCUGGGAAUGAGAAGGUGACCAUGCAGAACCUCAAUGACCGCUUGGCAUCCUACCUGGAUAAUGUUCGCGCCCUGGAGGAGGCCAAUGCUGACCUGGAGCAGAAGAUCAAAGGCUGGUAUGAGAAAUUCGGGCCUGGUUCCUGCCGUGGACUUGAUCAUGAUUACAGCAGAUAUUUCCCAAUAAUCGAUGAUCUUAAGAAUCAGAUCAUUACUUCCACCACCAGCAAUGCCAAUGCAGUUCUGCAGAUUGAUAAUGCCCGACUGACAGCUGAUGAUUUCAGGCUCAAGUAUGAAAAUGAGCUGGCUCUCCACCAGAGUGUCGAAGCAGAUGUCAAUGGAUUGCGCAGAGUUCUGGAUGAAAUAACCCUGUGCAGGACAGACCUGGAGAUUCAGUAUGAAACCCUGAGUGAGGAGAUGAGCUACCUCAAAAAGAACCACAAGGAGGAAAUGCAAGUUCUGCAGUGCGCGGCCGGAGGCAACGUGAACGUGGAGAUGAACGCGGCGCCCGGCGUGGACCUCACGGUGCUGCUCAACAACAUGCGCGCCGAGUACGAGGACCUGGCCGAGCAGAACCGCAGGGACGCCGAGGCCUGGUUCAACGAGAAGAGCGCUUCGCUGCAGCAACAGAUCUCCGAGGAUGUAGGAGCCACUACUUCAGCCCGCAAUGAACUGACGGAGAUGAAGCGCACUCUGCAGACCCUGGAAAUCGAACUGCAGUCCCUCUUAGCCACGAAACACUCUCUGGAGUGCUCCCUCACCGAGACGGAAGGCAACUACUGCACGCAGCUGGCACAGAUCCAGGCACAGAUCGGCGCCCUGGAGGAGCAGCUGCACCAGGUCAGAACCGAAACCGAAGGCCAGAAGCUGGAGUACGAGCAGCUGCUGGACAUUAAGGUGCACCUGGAAAAAGAAAUUGAGACCUACUGCCUCCUGAUCGGUGGAGACGAUGGGGCUUGCAAGACUGGAAGUUACAAGUCUAAAGAUUAUGGAUCUGGAAACAUGGGCAGUCAACUCAAAGAUCCCAUCAAAGCCAUCGUGGUUAAGAAAGUUCUGGAAGAGGUAGACCAGCGCAGCAAAAUCCUCACCACCAGGCUCCAUUCCCUGGAAGAGAAAUCUCAAGGCAAUUAA